AAGUAGGUAUGUUUUGUCUUCAUAACGGUUCAAAAAUAAAAUCUUGCUUGACAAACCAUAAAUUCUUAUUUCUCUCCUCGGAUUCGACGUUCUUCUUUCGACCUUGUUGUUUGUAUCUGUCUGACACCGAAAUUUCGAGCGUUGAAAAAUUCCCGAAAUGUAAGUUGCAACGAGGACGCAGUUUAAUCCAGAGAAGUGCCGGACGAUACAAGAAGAACAAGAUGCGAAGCAGGAAAGAGUGACGACGAGACAAAAAAAGAAGACCAGACACAACGAAGAGACAUUCAAUAAGUCUAGGAAAAUGAAUAGUCGAAAGAUGUCAUCCAGUGCAGUUCUGCUAGGGAUAAUACAAAUAUUCUUGUUGCUGUAUUUGACGCAUAAGGUGCGGACAUUUACUCCCCGAUCAAAGAGAUUUUCAGUUCCAAAAUAUUCCAAUCUUGAAGGCAAAACAAACGGUGACAACAGGGACGACAUUGGCAGUAACAUGGGCGAAAUAAUUAGUGAUAGCAACAAUAACAAUACGAUAUCGCCAGGCGAAAAUUCAAGGAAGAGUUCGUCGUCAUCUUUGCCAACUAAUACGGUGAUGUCGGCCAUGACAACACCUGUUGCUUCCCUCAACAAGAAAUUUCCUCGUAACAAUGGCAACAACGAGCGACAAAAUGAUCGAAAAAUGGAUCUCAUGUGGUGCCAGAGUGAUAGGUGCCAGGAUUCAUUGAGAGAACGUGUAGUCGGCGAUCACAACACAAUUGUGUUCAAUGGACCUGCCACAGGACAAGUUGCGUACCGAUGGAACAAGAAGGCAUAUCCCAUCUCAAAAAGCUCCGAAUCAAAGUCACAUUCUUCUUCGUCAUCCAAAGAAAACACCCCAAAUAAGACGCCUCCGUUUGCAACACCCGUGCGAUCAAAGAUCGCUUCCGUACUACUCCUUGUGAAAAGAGACGAUGAUGAUCUUUUGCAGAUUGCCGCUCACAAGGUCAGUACAAAAUUAUUGUGGAGAGACCCUACUGUCUCGAACAUUCGGUUUGUGACACGAUGAUUUAGGUAUUAUUUUGUAUCAGCAUGGACUUGCCUGUGAUGAAAGUGAUAAACAACGAGAAGGUUUACUGAUAGUGGCCCGUGUUUUGUCCAGCUGCGUCUGACGUGCUUAUGCUCUUGCUAAUUUUUUUCGAAAGGUUCCCGAACUCACCGAAGUGGGCAUUGAUGUGCUGAUGGCGCCCGAGCUCGCGGCCAAACUUAAGCACUAUUAUGGGGUAGACGACGAACGGAUACAUUUAUUUGAACCUCCAAAAGAUACGAACAUAGACGACUAUAAGGUACGGUACGUUGAAGACGAUGAAGAAGAAUGGGUCCGGGACAUGAAUUAUGGUAAUACCUUCCCCGAUCUGAUAUGCACACUGGGAGGCGAUGGUCUUCUUUUGUAUGCGAGCAGCCUCUUUCAGGGACCUGUGCCACCGCUGUUGGCCAUUAGCGGGGGGAGCCUGGGGUUCUUGACAGCGUUUUCGGAACACGAGAUGACGAAUGCGAUUCGCGUAGCCUUGGGCAUGACCAUGCCCAUCGCAGAGGAUGGCGAAGACGACGGCGACGACGACGAUGAAAACAUCACAACGGAAGUCCCGUUUUCAUCGGUUGAAGAAGAAGAACAGGGUGCCUUGCAAGUCUUUCCACCAAACAUGCCAUCCUACCCCUACGAGCCCUUGGUAAGCGAGAAAGCACCGCGGUUUACCUUUGGCCUCGACGAACACAUUUGCAUGACGAUACGAAUGAGACUAGAUUGCAGAAUUGUCAAUCGAGAAGGCGUUGUCCGCGGUCGAUACAAUGUCCUGAACGAAGUCGUGAUUGAUCGGGGGGGCAGUCCGUACCUGGCGGCACUGGAAUGUUUUUGCGACGACGUACACCUGACAACCGUUCAAGCCGACGGGAUCAUAUUCGCAACCCCCUCUGGUUCCACCGCCUACAGCAUGUCGGCCGGCGGGUCCGUUGUUCAUCCGGCGGUUCCCUGUAUUUUGGUAACGCCGAUUUGCCCGCACGUGCUGAGCUUUCGCUCGAUGGUGUUCCCCGACCACGUGGUGCUGCGGUGCUUUGUGCCGGACGACGCCCGGUCCUUCGCAUCGGUCGCCUUUGACGGCAAGCACCGAUCCGAACUCCAGCGGGGAGACAGCGUCCAGAUCCAGAUGAGUGCCUAUCCCUUCCCAACGAUCAACAAGGGCGAUCAUUCUUCCGAUUGGCUGGAGAGUUUGAAGAGCAGUUUCAACUUUAACACGAGGCCGAGGCAAAAGCCGCUUUGAACAGCUAGGACGAUUGAGACCGGCACUCGCAUUUUGAUUUUCCGCCAUCGGCAUCUUAUCCCUCAUAUAUUCACACUCAUUUCGGUAACACUAGGCCAGCUUUGACGGCUCCACUGUAAAAAUUAGAGUCCAAGAUAAAACUAGACUAACUAU